CACCCCCCUCCCUCCGCUCGCCCCUCCCCGCUACGGCCACCCACCCACCCACCACCGUCACCUUCUUUCUCUCUCUCCCUGCCUCCCCCACGCAAGCACCCACAGCAUGGCCUUCCUUCAGCAGGUGCCCGAGGGCUUUGUCCCCGCCUGUGACGUCCUCAACGAGUUCCCCGUCCUCUACGUCGAGCAGCUGACCACCGAGGUUGUCCGCUACCUCCGUUACAACGCAGGCGUGGUCUCGGCCAAAAAGUACCACGAUGCCCUGCGCGCCGAAGGCGUGGACAUUGCGGUCGACGAGUGCCAGCAUGCCAUCAACGCCAUGAUCUACCUCAUGACCGGAGUCAUCAAGGCCCGCCUCAAGCCCAACAAGUUUGGCCAGGCCCUCCUCAUGUUUACCGGCCUCAUCAAGUCGGUCAUCACGGUCAUCGUCAAGGUCUGGGCCGAGCAGGCCGAGGUCCUCCUCACCGACGCCACCGCCAAGGAGAUCCACGUCGGCGAGCUGCUCUCCCUCGACUGGAAGGUCGGCGUCUCGGUUGCCUCCUCUACCUGCUCCUCGCUCAACACCCCGUUCGUUACUCUCCUUGUCCGAGUCGCCGACGCCGACGGUGUCAUCACCUCGCGCGCCUGCGAGCUCUCCAUCGCCCAGUUCAUGGACGUGGCCCAGAACUUUGAGGACAUCGCCGAGCUCAUGAAGACUGCCUAGCCUUCUUCAGGAGUGAUCCAGGGUCAUCAGGCCGAACUUGUGCCUCUCGAGUUCUCUCGCCCCGUCAGCCGCACCACUGUCCGCCACCCGCCACCACCCGCUACCCGCCGGCACUACCCGCCACCACCCCCACCCCACCCAUCAGCAUCAAACUUGCACAUCACCUC